AUGUUUCGCUCAUUUGGGCGGAUAGUUAGCGGAGUUUCUCGCCGCAGCAAGACACGCGCGCCAGAUGGCACCAUCGUAGAGGAUGGCUCAGAUGCACAACAAGAAACCACGGCGCCUCACAAUAACUUGCCUAGUGAACAGCAUGACUCCCUCGAAACCGCGCACGGAUCUAACUCUGCUGCUCAUGCAAAAGAGAUGCACACCGUCCCUUCCCCCAUGCCCAUUGCUGGUAAGAGCGGUGGGGCAGCAAUGCGUUCUCAUCUGGCGCCCACCUCAGAUGCAUCGGGAGAAAGGAUUAUAGGAUCGCCAGCACCUGGCGUGUUGGCAAGUGCAUCGCCUAUUUCUACCAGUGUAACGAGCUCAGAUGGCGUGAAAAUGUUUGAUAUUGACGAAAUGAUCAGUCGCCUUAUUGAGGCCGGCUACACAUCGAAGAUACCGAAACCUGCCCUCAAAGUGCCUGAAAUCAUGGCCAUUUGUCAAGCAGCCCGGGAGAUAUUUCUCAGCCAGCCCACACUGAUUGAGUUGAGCCCCCCCGUCAAAAUUGUGGGCGAUACACAUGGCCAGUACCAGGACCUCCUGCGACUCUUCGAAAUGUGUGGCUUCCCACCAGCAGCCAAUUACCUCUUCUUGGGGGACUAUGUUGAUCGUGGCAAGCAAUCGUUAGAGACGAUUCUUUUGCUGUUGUGCUAUAAGAUCAAGUACCCAGAGAACUUUUUUCUCCUUCGAGGCAACCACGAGUGUGCCAAUGUAACGCGUGUGUAUGGAUUUUAUGAUGAAUGCAAGCGCCGACUAAAUAUCAAAGUCUGGAAGACAUUCAUUGAUGUUUUCAACACUCUUCCCAUUGCGGCUAUUGUCGCAUCCAAAAUCUUUUGUGUGCACGGAGGUCUCUCUCCAUCCCUUUCCAGCAUGAACGACAUUCGCAGGAUUGAGCGGCCCACGGGGGUGCCUGAUUAUGGCUUGCUGAAUGACUUAUUGUGGAGCGAUCCCAGUGAUACGGCUCUAGAUUGGGAAGACAAUGAACGCGGCGUCAGUUACUGUUUCGGUAAAGCGGUGAUCCAGCAAUUCUUGGCACAAUAUGACUUUGACCUUAUAUGCCGCGCCCACAUGGUUGUCGAGGAUGGGUAUGAAUUCUGGAAUGAGCGCACACUAGUUACUGUAUUCAGCGCACCAAACUAUUGCGGUGAAUUCGACAAUUUUGGUGCAGUUAUGAGUGUAUCUGAGGACUUACUUUGUGCAUUCGAAUUGCUCAAGCCACUUGAUGGAGCUGCGCUUAGGAAAGAAAUGAACAAAAACAAACGGCGAAGCUUGCUUCAACAACAGCAGCAAGAAUUGGGACAACAGGGGUCACCCUCCGUGUCGUCGUUACACGCAUAG